AUGUGCGCAGAUAUUUGUUAGCUUCUCGUGAGGAUGAGUGACUUUGUAUGGGCUUUGAAGAAUGGAGACUUGGACCAGGUGAAAGAUUGGGUUGAGAUCAAAGGUGCCGAAGUGAAUAAAGAACUAGACGGAAGAUAUCCCCUUCACUAUGCCGCAGACUACGGGCAAAACGAUAUCAUUGCUUAUCUCAUUGACCGUGGAGCAGCAAUCAAUGCAAAAGAUAAGCACGGGAUUUCCGCAUUAUUAGCAGCGAUUUGGGAAGGACAUACUAAGUGCGUGAAAGCUUUGCUGGACCGGGGCGCUGACAAGACUGGAUUGGCGCCGGAUGGGACGUCUUAUCUGGAGUGUGCAGAAAAAGAAGAGAUCAAAGUACUGUUGAGGUAGACGACUUGGCAAGAGAACUGUGUUUCUUGGCAUUUACAGUGAUGAGGUUGGAUACUUGACAUGCUUGCGUCCUCCAAUCCAAGUGUUUUCCCUGGCAGAAGUCAUGUGAUACAUUUACUCAAGAAGCAACCCAAGUGCUAACUAGCCUUCUUUUUUUCAAUCGGACGCUGGCUGGAGGAAUGCUUUCUGCUUGCUUUGCGACAGUGUGAUUAAAGAAGGGGAGGAGGUUCUCUGUCCAGUGAGACUUUGCGCGUGCAAGCUGCUUAUGAUGGCUUUACUUUGAAUCGGGAGUAGGCCCAUAAACUCAGAGGACGGACUUUCCCAGGAAUUCAUUGAUCCCUGGUCAACUUCGAGAUUGGUCGCCGUUCUCUUCGGUUGUCCGAACCCUCCAUGAUAAUCGAGAUUCUCAUUUUCGCUGUCUUCUGAUGUGGGGGGCUUUUUCUGUGUGCUCCGUUCGCAGAUUUUAAUCGAUCAACUCUUUUGUAUUUCUUUGCGUCUUGUGCAGCACAGAGAUGGAUGGCAUCUUAUAAACGUGGAAAAAGUGUU